AUGAUUUUAAUAAUUUUACUUAAGAAUUUUUGCUUAUUGAAUAUUUUAAAAUCAUUUUGUAAAAUGUUUUUAAAUGAUUUUUUUACAUGUUUAAUAAUAUCAAAGAAAAAACAAAUCAAUUUUUUGAUCAAAAAAUUGAUUUGCUUAUGA